AUGCGAUUAAAACCUCUGUUAAACCCUAAAUGCCGCUUCAUCAGUUAUAGCAGGAACUAGGGCUGGGCUGCCCCUCGAGCUUGACCGGAAUCGCUUUUCAUUGGUUAUCGGCAUGGCUUCGGAUUGGAUAGAGUCCACUGAAUUCAUAAAGUUAUCUCAUUCUUUCCCUCUGGUGGGUGAAAACUACGAUCUUAAGCUGAAACAAUCACUCCUAGACAUUCUAGCUGAAAUUCGCGGAGAAAGGCCGAAUUUUUCUCUUUAUGUUGAUAUAUUUUAUCAGUUACUGCAAUCUAAGGUUGACGCACCCUUUGAGGCGAUCUGGGUCUAUGCUGCGCUUACCUUUCGUAACCGUGAUUCUGCUGGAGGUGACGUCUUGGAUCAAAUAUCAGCUGCAAAAGAUUUGUUUCAGCUGUUAUCUGCAUGUUCGGCUUCGUCUGGUGCUUCAAAAUGCAUCGCACUGUUGGUUCCUGUUGUAUUUGAGGUAUACAGGGUGAUCCUGAAAUUAUUUGCGGGGGAUUUAAGUGUUAAGAGAGAUAAAAAAGCAAUGAGGGAGGCCAAGUCUUUAUUGGAUAAUGUUCUUGGGUAUAUAAGUGUUUGCUGUAGUAAGAACUCCGACGAGGAACGUGAUUUACUUUCCCCUAACUUGAUUAUCCCUUUUUCGGAUUUGGUUUGUGUUUGGCCAAGUGCAAAUGAGGACUGGGAAUCUUUCUUGCCCCUUCUGAGCAGUGAUGUUUGUCGUUGGAUUUGUACGAGAGUUUUAGACGUUGCCAGCUUGGCUGCCGCUGUUAUUAUUCAAGCGUUUUUGUUGAAAAUGUGCUUCAGCUUCCACUUGGCAAAGCCAACGGAUGAAUUAGAAAAGAAUUUCAAAAGUUGGGCCGUUAGCACAAUAUCUAGGUUUCAGAAUGCAUAUUUUUAUGAAAUCCUCAUGAGGACAACCCUGGGGACGCCUUUGCCUAUGAGCUCAAUAUUGAAACCUGAAGAUGAAGUUGUUCUGAGGAAAGUUCUGUUCGAUGCCAUUUUAUCAGUGGAAUACCCCUUCCUUUACCAAAAUGCCAGGCUCAUGCAGAGCCUAACCUUGACUAGAUUAAUUGUCACCCAUGUCGCCGUAGAGUAUUUUAGAGGCAAUGGGGAUGAGAAGAGAGCACUCUCUUAUGGAAAGGCCUUUUCAGCUUCCCAUGUGCCUUUGGAGAUAGUUAAAUGUGUUAAAAACCAGCACAAUUUGGAGGAUAAAGCAAGUAGAAUGAACGGAACCUCACACAGCGCUAUCUUGAAAUGGCUUUUGAGCCUAGAAGAUAAAGGUAUUGAAGUUUUUGAAGAUGAUUUUCUAAGAAGUCAUGCCAGGUUGGGUCUUGAUUCAUCCCAGGAAGGGCAUCUGGAAGCUAACUUGGAGGGCAAGAUAGCAAAUGAUGACCUUUUUUAUGUUGACAAAACAAGGGAGGAGGAAAAUACAAGCGAAGAGGAUGAGCAAAACAAAUUGGCAAGUGCUGCCUUUGCAGCGGCUGCGAAAACUAUGAAGGUAACUGAUAGUGGCAAGCGAAAACGAAAAGGUACAAGUACCGCAAGGAAGAUUAAAUCUGUCAAGUAUGAACUCCUUCCAGAUCCAAAGCCCGCAGUUAAUGCUGGGACAUCAGUUAGUAAGGAUAGUUCAGGUGGUGAGAGUGAGGUGGAGGAUCCAGUUGAUUCAGACUCCCAGGAUACGGAGUAACGAGUCUGUAUAAAUUGGUAAAGCCUUUAAUCAUGAUGGAUCUAUUUUGGAUGCUGUACUGGCUCUUAUUGUGUUUCCAUGCAGUGCAUAAGAGGAUAUCUGUCGAGGGCAUGCGAAAUUGCUCCCUGAUAAGCAAAAGGUAAUGUGAAAUUUCAGGGACUUGUGAGAAUCCGCAGUUCCCAUAUACGCCGCAGUUUAGAUGGUUGUAGUUGAUGCAUGCUGUAGGGAGUUUUGUUCUGGCGGACUUUUGGUCCCCAAGGGAGGAGUGGGAGAGGGAAAAGGGGGAAAAAAAAAUGAUGUAACGUUGAUGGUAUUAUUUUAAUUUUAUUUAAUAGUAUAU